AUGAUCACGCGUAUUCUGAUGUUAUUCGCUUGCGUGGCAGCAUCGCUGUGUUGCAAAUGCAGAACUCUUCCGCCAAAGGAGGCCUACUGUCGCGCUCAGUGGGUUUCGCUUGCCAAAGUGACUAACUCAGUUAUUGAUGAAAGCAAGGAUCCGUUGGAACAGCGACAAUACGCAGUAAAGCACAAUAAACUAUUCAAAAAGCCUUCAGGAUGCGAAUCCCUACCUGAAAAAAUCUAUACAUCGACACAGUCAGCUUCUUGCGGUGUAGAACUCGAGACUGGUAAAGAAUAUCUGCUCACAGGAAGCUACAAUGACAAUAAGCUCAAUAUCAUUACUUGUGGACAAAUAGCCUCCGAAAGCUAUCCUGGCAUAAUUAUGGAGCGAAAAGAUAUUUCUAGGGAAUUUCUGAACGAGAUUAGAGGCUACAAGUGCUAA